AUGUUUGAUUAUCCGGCUCUAACACAAAAGAUUCCAACUGCUUUUGAGUUGGGAAAGUGUGACAAACAAGGGAACUCGGACAGCUCGGAGGACCCCGUCCAAAGGCUUGGCGUCCGCGAGGACGUCGCUCCACAAGAAGACAGAUUGGUUGGAAUAGACUGCAGACUUUACAUGCAUUUGUUUGGGAAACGCAUUGUAUGGUAA